UUUAACAGGGAGGGUGUCAUCACUGGCGGGUUUUUCGGCUCUCUGUUUCUAAUUUUACAGGAACAACUGGGAUUCAGCUACUCGCUACACGCCGUCAACGAGUCGGCUGAAAUCAGCGCCUGGGACCAGGCCGUCCAGCUGCUCCACCGGGGUGAGGGCGACAUGUUCGGCGGGUGGCUGAUGAUGAGCAACGCUCGCGCCGCUCUCAUCGACUUCUCCUUCCCUCUGGUGUCGGACCUGGCGGGUGCCGCGAUCGACAGUCGGUACACGCUCACCCUGACCGAGUUCCAGGUCACCCAGCCGCUGGAGACGCCCGUGUGGACGGCGCUGCUCGUCACCCAGCUGCUGGCCGUGCUCGUCCUCUGCCUCAUCGCCCGCUGCCAGCAGCGCAUUCGCAGCGCGUCGGGCGAGCCUUCGGACGCGGCGGAGCCGUCGUUCUGGGCGCUGAUUGUGCUGGGCGUCAGCUGUCAGCAGGGCGCCGCGGUGCGCUCCGACACGGCCAACUCCUACCGGGUGGCCAUCACGGCCCUCUACUGGGCCUCGCUCUUCAUCGUGGCCUGCUACUCGGGAAACCUGCUGGCAGAGAUGACGAUGGCGCGGCGCGUGAUGCCGUUCGACAGUCUGCAGGAGGCGCUCGAGCAGGGCUGGCAGUUUACGGAGCCCGGCCUCACCGACGCCUUACGCGAGAGAGUGCUUCAGCCGCUGAUGGGCAGUGACAUCGACCGCCUGCCGAUGGUCUCUGCAGGACCUCGGGAAGGGCGCAACAUCUUCAUGACCACGGGGGCGUAUAUCGGGCUGGACUAUAGCUGCGGCCGGGACGGGCGGCACAGCGCCUGUCCCGUAUGCCUUUACCCGGGCGCCACCGUCCAUGUGCCGAUGGCAAUGUCGUUCCGGCCCAACUUUCAGUACCUGCAGCUGAUGAACGACCUACUGGUGCGGAUGGCGGAGCACGGGCUGGCGAUGAGGGAGUUCUACCACUGGACUGGCUGGCGCCCGGAGGACGCGCUCUGCCAGGUCGGCACCGUGGACUUUCAGCACAUGGAAAACAAGCCGCUCACCAUCUCCAACCUGUGGAGCGUGGUCGCCAUCCAGGGCCUGGGCUUGAUGGUCGCCACUGCGGUGCUUGUCUGCGAGAGGCUGCUGUUCCUGGUAUGGAACUUCCAUGACAAACGAGUAAAACGGCGUUCCUACUCGUACCUGACUCGGCAGCUGAGAAGAAUGUGAUAGCUCUAGAGAUAAGUGACAGGAAAUGAUCAGUUUGACGGAAAUCAUC